AUGAUGCAAUUCAAGCUGCUGCUCCUCGCCUUGGCCUUGUUCGGCGCAAUACACGCCGAGUACAACUACGACCCCAAUAAUCAUCAGAGCAUCAACAGCAUAAAUCAAAAUUUAAAGCUGACCUCAGCUUCAAAUGAGAUCAAUUCGGUGGAGCAGAGUGCAUCCAGUUCGGACGAGGAUUAUCGCACAGACUACCAAACGAACGAGAACUCACAGGCCACGCCCAAUGGCUAUGAUUAUACAACUCACUUGGAUAGUUCCGAUUCGAGUGCUGCCACCAGCACUGUCCGGGGUUCUGCGCCGCUCUUUGCAGUGCCACUGCCCGUGCAGCAGCAGCGUCAGGCAGAGAUCUUUGCGCCCGCUAGCUAUAGCUUCAACUAUGCCGUGAAUGAUGAGAGCACCGGCGACAUCAAGGAACACAGCGAGACACGCGAUGGUUAUGUGGUCAGUGGCUCCUACAGCCUCGUCGAUCCCGAUGGCUACAAGCGGACCGUCACCUACACUGCGGACAAUGUGCAUGGCUUCAAUGCGGUCGUCACUCGCGUACCCUACGUCCUCAAGAAGCUGGCGGUUGUGGCGCCCUCAGUGCUGCUGAACGAGCGCUCGCCCGUUGGCCAACUCUCUGCCACUUCCUCGGGCUCGGCAACUGUGAGGGGCGUUGAUAAUACGUUAAGAUCGACAUCGGGUGAUAGCUAUGUGAUUGCGGCAAAUGAGCGAACAACGGGUGGAGUAUACGCCUAG